CCCUGUCUGUUUGUGAUUAGCACGCAGCCCCGCAGAAUGGAGUAAACAGAAACUUCUAGGCGUCCCCACACCCCGCUCCGAGGCACAGCAGAAGUCAGAUGCUCCAGGAUUAAUCGCGGAGAGCUCAGGACACGACCACAAACGCCGUGUGGACUUGCAACUUGCUGCCUUUUCCCAGUCCCCUUGCCAAGAUGGGAGUGGGGGGGUGGGACGUGAAGGGGUGGGGGCCCCGCCUGCCGGGGGCCACAUGGAAUCCUCCCAGGCAGAGCUCCGAGUGACACUGACGGGCAAAUCGGCGGCGUCCAGAGCAGCAGGCAGCAUCCGGGGGCGCGGGCCGCUGGGGGCGCCCCAGGCAGGCUUCCUGGAACCCCGGCUCCACAGCUGCCUGCACCCUGACACAGGCCAGAUAAGCGCCGGCUGCGCUAUCAGGGCCGGCAGCGCACAGUCGCAAAGACCACGGGGACAGCGGGCUCCUGCGAGGCGGCGCGAGUCCUGGCUGGAGUCCUGCCCUGAAUGGGAACCCACUGCUACAGCGACCAACCAGGCUGCUCCCAGGAGGAUGGUGACAGGCUCCUGAAGGUCCGGACCCGCUGCUGAUGAGGAAACAGAGGUUCCAAGUGGUGACAUGACUGUCAGGCUCACAGAGCCAGCAGGUGGCAAGGCCAGAAUUCAAACCCUCAGGCUCCAAAGAACAGAAAAGAAAUGACAAGAGCUGUGCCCUGAAGGUGACAGCCAUGUCGGUGAGGGUGCGGUUCCUGUCCUCCGGGGACGCGGCGGCCGUGGGGGUCGUGGGCCGGAGCGCCUCCUUCGCGGGCUUCAGCAGCGCACAGAGCCGCAGGAUCGCAAAGUCCAUCCAAAGGAACUCGGUGAGGUCUCGCCUACCUGCCAAACCCUCCAAGAUGUACGGCACGCUGCGGAAGGGGUCUGUUUGCCCGGACGCCAAGACGCAGCAAGUGAGGAAGAUCUUCGAAGCGCUGAGGAGAGGCCUCAAGGAGCACCUGUGCGUCCAGCAGGCCGAGCUGGAUUACCUGUCAGGACGCCACAAGGACACCCACAGGAAUUCCCGGCUGGCUUUCUAUUACGACCUCGACAAGCAAACGCGCUCUGUGGAGAGGCACAUUCGGAAGAUGGAAUUCCACAUCAGCAAGGUGGACGAGCUCUACGAGGGCUACUGCAUCCAGUGCCGCCUGCGAGACGGCGCCUCCAACAUGCAGCAGGCCUUCUCCAGGUGCCCCCCCAGCCGCGCCUCCAGAGAGAGCCUGCAGGAGCUGGGCCGGAGCCUGCAGGAGUGCACCGAGGACAUGUGGCUCAUAGAGGGGGCCCUGGAAGUCCACUUGGGCGAGUUCCACAUCAGGAUGAAAGGCUUGGUGGGCUACGCACGCCUCUGUCCAGGAGACCAGUAUGAGGUGCUCAUGCGCCUGGGCCGCCAGCGCUGGAAGCUGAAGGGCCGAAUCGAGUCUGACGACAGCCAGACCUGGGACGAGGAGGAAAAGGCCUUCAUCCCCACCCUGCACGAGAACUUGGAGAUCAAGGUGACAGAGCUGCGUGGCCUGAGCUCCCUGGCGGUGGGCACCGUGACGUGUGACAUCGCCGACUUCUUCACGACCCGGCCGCAGGUGGUCGUGGUGGACAUCACCGAGCUGGGCACCAUCAAGCUGCAGCUGGAGGUGCUGUGGAACCCGUUUGAUACCGAGAGCUUCCUGGUGUCACCCAGCCCCACAAUCAAGUUCUCUGUGGGCAGCAGGAAGGGCUCCUUGUACAACUGGACGCCCCCGAGCACCCCCAGCUUCCGGGAGAGGUACUACCUGUCUGUCCUGCAGCAGCCAGCGCAGCAGGCCUUGCUGCUGGGCAGCCCAAGGGCCACGUCCAUCCUCAGCUACCUGUCCGACAGCGACCUGCGGGGCCCUGGCCUGUGCAGCCGGAGUCAGGAGCUGCCCGAGAUGGACUCCUUCAGCUCUGAGGACCCCCGAGACACCGAGACCAGCACGUCAGCCUCCACCUCGGACGUGGGGUUCCUGCCCUUGGCCAUUGGCCCCAACACCUCCCCUGAAGAGGAGGCUCGGGAGGACUCCCCAUCCCUGGGCCUCCUGCCAGAGAUGGUCCACCUGUCAGGAGGCCCAUUUGUGGAGCGGCCUGGCUGGAGGAAUUUGGGAGUAGAGAGCCCCAACCUGCCACAGGGCUCCCCACUCCACAGCCGUACGAUGCCGGGCAGCCGGACAGACCAUGAUGAAGGAGAAUCCGGGGACAGAGUGGAGGGGCCUGGGGUGACCCUCGAGAGGCCCCUGCAGGAGGUCCUGGAUUUACUGAGGUGCACAGACCCCGCCCAGCCCCGGCUCCAGGAGCUGGAGUACCAGGUGCUCAGCUUCAGGGACCGGCUGAAGCCCCGCGGAGGCCGCCGGGAGCACAGCUCGGCCGAGAGCCUGAUGGAAUGCAUCCUGGAGAGCUUCGCCUUCCUCAACGCCGACUUUGCCCCCCACGAGCUGUCCCUUUUUGGGGGUCCCCAGGGUCCCCGAAAGGACAGGACCCGGCCCCCACCGCCAUCACUGAGAGAGUCAUCCCGGGAGCUCACCACUGGUGCCCCAGAGCUGGACACGCUGCUGACGGUCCACCUCCAAGUCUGCAAGGCUCUGCUGAAGAAACUGGCCUCCCCUAAUCUGUCAAGGAUGGUCCAGGAGAGCCUUCUGGAAGAAGCUGCACAGCAAAAGCAGGUUCUGGAGACUCUGUCUAUGCUGGAUUUUGAGAAGGUCAGAGAGGCAACGUCUGUUGAAGAGAUCCUUCCGCAGGCCGCACGGAGGAAGGGCUGCCUGAGGCUGUGGAGGGGGUGCACAGAGCCCGGCGGGGUCCUGGCCUGCCCCGCCCCCACGCUCCUGAACCAGCUCAAGAAGACGUUCCUGCACAGAAUCCGGGGCAAGUACCCGGGACAACUGGAAAUAGCGUGCCGCAGGCUCCUGGAGCAGGUGGUCAGCUGCAGCGGGCUGCUCCCCGGAGCUGGCCUCCCCGAAGAGCAGACUGUCACCUGGUUCCAGUUUCACAGUUACCUGCAGAGGCAGAGCGUCUCGGACCUGGAGAAGCACUUUGCCCAGCUCACCAAGGAAGUAACCCUCGUGGAGGAGCUGCAGCGCACGGGGCAGGCCAAGGCCGUCAGGAAGUUGCAGGGGAAGCGGCUGGGCCAGCUCCAGCCCCUGCCCCAGACCUUAAGGGCCUGGGCCCUGCUCCAGCUGGACGGGCCUCCCAAGGUGUGCAGGGCGGCCAGCGCGUCUCUGGCCAGCGCAGCCAAGAACAAGAGCUUUCGGGAAAAGGCUUUGCUUUUCUACACCAACGCCCUGACCGAGAAUGAUGCGAAACUCCAGCAAGCUGCAUGCAUGGCACUGAAACAGCUCCGGGGCAUCGAAAGCAUUGAUCAGAUUGCUGGCCUGUGCCAAUCUGACCUGGAGGCUGUGCGAGCGGCAGCCCGGGAAGCCACGCUGUCAUUCGGUGAAAAAGGCCGCUUCGCUUUUGAGAAAAUGGACAAACUUUGCUCAGAACAGAGAGAAGCCUUUUUCCAGGAGGCAGAUGUUGAAAUCACAAUAUUUUAAAAAAAACCUCAGCCGAUGAGCUCAAAUCUGGCAUCUUUGUUUUUGCUGCUGCCCAGUCCUGACAUGGGCCGAGCUGAGGAUGGGGGCACGCUGUGUGCGCCCUGAAGUGUGAGCUGGCCAGAGUUCUCCGAGUCUCAGAUCAGUUAUAAAGCCCCAGGGAACAAGUGGGACUUUUGUACAGGAGCACAAGGGAUGUACAGCACUUCACAGGCCGGCCACUUCAACCAACCGAUCAGCUUUUGGCUUUGAGAAUUUGUUCCCCAGGAUGCAGAGCCAGCCAUGCUAUGAAGGAGUUGAGGCCUGGAAUAAAAGGCUCCAAGAUGACCUUGUCUCCUUGCAGUCAGUUGGCUCAGCACCUCUGGCUCAACAAAUACUGGGACUGUGGAGGCCGGUAGGCCUAUGAGCUUGAUAAGGAGAGUGCAGUGGGUCCAGUCAUUUCCACUGUACAGAGCCAGGGGUUCUGAUUCAACUCUUAACCUGAGCCGUGGCCCAAAUGCCUGGUGACAGACCGCUGCCCAUGGACCGUCUUUCCACCAUGUUCCAGAGCACAAAGGAAAGCAGAAGCCUCGAGUGUCACGUCAGUAAAAGCAUUCACUGUGACCUCACUAAACAAAGUGAAGUCCAACUUCUGAAGCAAGUCAGCUUAGGGCCUAUUAAAUAAAUUGCUUCAGGCGCCAUAGUUGGUGUGAGAGUUCACUGAACGGCAUGUUGCUUUAAAGACACAAAGUUAGUUUCCUGUUAAGUCUAAGACUCGAAUGUGUCCUGAGCUUUUGUGUUAAUGAUGUCAAGAUAACCUGGUUGUGCAUGUGGCUAUCAACAAUGGCAUCCGAGAAUUCUGUAACUUAAACAUUCUCAUUUAUGUUUCCUAUAUAUAUUUUGUGUUUUUCGAUUUAACUUAGUAUUUAUUUGAUUUGUUUAUAUGUUGAACUUUCUGAAAUUUCAAUUAAAAAGAACAAUUUUUA